AUGUUCUUCACCUAUAUUUAUUACAAAUUCUUUGCGUUCCUGACCAGAACAAUUGUCACUCGUGGAAGACGCAUCUCUGCCAAGCCCGAUGACGUCUAUCAAAUCAAAUCCAGAGAUGCUGGGAGAACGAUCAAGGCGCAUAUCUAUAGAUCGGCCUCUGAGCAAAAGCUCUCUCCAGUUCUGAUCAACUUCCACGGAAGUGGAUUCCUGAUCCCCUUGCAUGGCAGUGACGAUGAAUUCUGUCGCCAAGUGAGCCAAGAAACCAGAUACACCGUGCUGGAUGUCCAGUAUCGCUUAGCACCAGAACAUCCAUUCCCGGCAGCACUCAAUGAUGUCGAAGAUGUCGUUAACUGGGUUCUCGAACAAUCGGACAAGUUCGACCUAUCCCAAGUCGCCAUCUCGGGGUUCAGUGCCGGAGGGAACCUGGCGCUGGCCGCUUCAUCAACAUUAUUCCCUCGCGAGACCUUCCGCUCCGUUCUCGCAUUCUACCCAGUGACCGAUCUAUACUCAGGACCACAAUCCAAGGUAGCACCGGACACCCGAGGAAAGCCCCUUCCCGUCACGGUGGCGCGUUUGUUCGACAACUGUUAUGUCCCUUCCUCAUUCGACGCCAGGGACCCUCGCAUCUCACCCAUUUUUGCCCAGGCGGAGAGAUUUCCUGACCGCCUUAUGAUUGUGACUGGAGCUGGUGACAAUCUUGCGUAUGAGGCUGAAGACAUAGCGGCUAGGGUGGGAAAGCUACCUGGACGACAGGUGGUUUGCCAACGCAUGCAGGGCUGUGACCAUGCCUGGGAUAAAGGGGCCAAGGCAGGCACCGUCCAGGGUGAUGCGAAAGAAAAGGCCUAUGCAAUGGCAGUUGCGAUGCUACUGCGUCAGUAA